AUGUUUUGGGAUAAGGACUUCUUCCCUAACACUUCUUACAAAAUGAAGUGUUAGUUCUACGUUAUGUGCUUAAUUUGGGCUUUCUAAGGUCCUGUUAUGAAUAGUAUUCCAUUCUUGUUCUAAAAUCCUCAAGAUAUGGAGUGUGAAAUUGAUGGCACCUACACCCCUUGUACUGUAGAACAAAUGUGUGCAAAUAAAUACAAAUAUAGAUAUCCUGACGAAAUCCACAUUUAAAGUAUUACUUAAUAAUUCGAUUUUGUUUGUGACAAGCAACUCACUGUCGCCUCUAUCCUUGGUUUAGCUAUGGGCGGUUAAAUUUUGGGUUAUAUUUUAAUCAUGCUCUACGAUUUCCCCAAGAAAAUCAAGUCUCGUAUGAUUCUCUACACCGUCCUCGCUGAAGUUAUUGUUCUUUUCUCAGUCAAUUAUUCUGAUUUGAACAUAAUUUCUAUUUCUGCCAUUCUCUUUGCUUGGAAUUUCCUCUUUGCUUUCUAUUUUGGCCAAUAGUACGCUUACAUUUGCGAUAUCUACUCUGCUGACAUCAACAACUGGGCUCCAGUUAUUCUUGGAUGUAUGAUGCCCCUCUUCGGUAUUGUUUACAUUGGUUUUGCUUAUGUCUCUAGCGAUUGGAGAAAUCAUUUAACUAAAUUCACUGCUAUUCCUCUUCUUAUCCUUGUUCUCGUUUUUUACAACAUGUACGACUACAGAGAUGACGAAACUGUUGACCAAACCGUUGAAAAAUCUAAGAACUCUCGUAUUGAAGGUCUUGAUUUAAUUUCUACCUUCCUUUCUCACUUGAAGGAAUUACUCUCUUCUGAAAGAUGGAUGAUGAAUAGUAUCGUUUACUUCCUCUGUUGGGUAGGCAGUAACUGUGCUUAUACUACUACUUUCUUGGUAUUCAAUGAUAUCACUGUUGGUACUUUUUAUAAGAAUUUGUUUGUUACUGCUAUUUUUGAUUUCGGUUCAGCUUUUGUUGCAUUCUUCUUAGCUGUCUACUGCCGUAACAACAACCGUGUCAAAGAUUUAAUGUUCUGGACUGCUAUUGUUACAGCAAUUAUUCAAAUCUCUUCUGCAUUCUUCCCUCACAACACUACUUCAACUCGUACAAGCUACUUCUUGACUAUGGCUCCUAUCCUCAUUUCCAAGGCUUACAGCAAGAUCUUCGUUUCUUGUUUGCUUAUUGAUAUGCCUAACUAGGUCCCAUUCAAGUUCUUACUCAUCCUCUUCUCUCUUUCCAACAUUUGCUCUCUCAUUUUCGGUAGUAUGAUGCCCUUGUACUACGUAUUCAUGAAUCAAAUGGGUGUCUCCGUCUUCAUCACCUUCGGUAUUGUCACAUUAAUUACAGCAAUAUACGUUUCAAAGAUGACCUAUAUGUCAGACUUUGAAAAGAAGCAAAGCGAAAUUGAAUAGGGUGAUCAAUAGCUCCCCCCUCAAAUGGCCAUGGUCCAAACUCAUGUUAAGAGAAAUAGCCAAUAAGAAAAUCAAGAAUCUACCUAGUAACCCCUCAUUCAAAUGGAUACUAGAGAGUGA